AUGAAUAAUAAUAAUAAUAAUAAAAAUAAAUCUGAAUCAACAACCGUGUAUUUAGGUAAUACACGUACAAUACCAAAUGAAUAUCUAUCUGAAUAUUGUUCAAAAUUUGGUCUUGUUCUUGAUUGUUCACGUCGUUUAUUAUCUUCAGAACAAGCUUCACUAGUUGAUUUCACAUUUGUUCGUUUUUUAAAUAUACAAUCAUCAUUAAAAUUUCUUUCGACAUCACCUCAUAUUCUUAAUAAUGGUAUUAGUCUUGAUGUAAGAUCAUUUAGUGAUAUUCUUCAUACAGCUGUUCCUUUAUAUGUUGAUCGAAAAAUUUGUAUCAAAAAUCUUCCAAGUCAUAUAUCACUUAAUGAUAUAAAAAAAUAUUUACGUACAUUUGGUACAAUAAAACAAGUAAUUUCAGAAAUAAAUGAUAAUCAAGAAAAAUAUAUUUAUAUUGAAUUUGAAUCAGCUGCAACAAGAAAUAAAUUAUUAAAAGGAAAAAUAAAAUAUCAUCGUAUAUGUGAUCAUAUAUUAGAUAUUUUACCAUUAUUAAGACCAACUGAUGUUGAUCUUUAUAAAAUGGAAGAACAAAAUAUUUCAAAUUUAUCAACUUCUACGGAUGAUUCAAGUACAUUAAUUUAUUUAGAACAUGAAUAUAAUUUAAAAAUUCAUGAACAAUUUAAUUUAAUCGAUAAUCAGAUAGCAGAAUUAAUUAAACAAAAACGUCAGAAUUAUGAACAAAUUCGAAAAAUGAUUCAAUAA